AUGCUGCUAAGGGCGCGCUUGGCAUCUACAGCGCGUCAGCGCCUGUGGAUUUCGUCACUGACAUUCAGGAGUCGGGGACUUGCAACUGUGUCCAACAAUACCCAAGCCUACGAUGUUGUGGUCAUUGGAGGCGGCCAUGCUGGAUCCGAGGCAUGCGCUGCCGCUGCGCGAGCUGGUGCUCGCACUGCGUUGGUCACUCCCUCAUUAUCGAAUAUCGGCGUUUGCUCCUGCAAUCCCAGCUUUGGAGGUAUCGGCAAGGGCACGAUGAUUCGUGAGAUCGACGCAAUGGAUGGUGUCGCUGGACGCAUCAUCGACAAAGCAGGCGUCAUGUUCCGGGUGUUGAACCGGUCGAAAGGCCCGGCUGUCUGGGGGCCCCGCGCGCAAAUCGACCGCGACCUAUAUCGAAAGUAUAUGACAGAGGAGUUGGUCAACACGGAAGGUCUGAGUAUUGUCGAGGGCAAAGUGGCCGACAUUGUCGUUUCGAAAGAAGGAUGUGAGGAUGUGGCCGGGCCCCAGGGAAAGAUUGUGGGAGUGCGUCUCGAGUCCGGAGAGGUGAUCCCUACGGGUCGUAUUGUCAUCACCACGGGGACAUUCUUGGGAGGUGAAAUUCACAUUGGGCUGGAAGCCUAUCCCUCUGGACGAAUGGGUGAAGCGCCAACUUAUGGACUGAGCAAAUCUCUCCGUGACGCUGGCUUCCAGCUCGGCCGACUCAAGACCGGGACUCCUCCGCGAUUGGACAUGAAGUCGAUCGACUUUUCAGGCUUAGAAAUUCAGCGCGGUGACUCCCCACCGAUGCCUUUCUCUUACCUUAACUCGACUGUGGAAGUGGGUGAUGAAGGCCAGCUCAACUGUUGGCUGACACAUACAAACGAGGCAUCCCACGAAAUCAUUCGAGCCAAUCUCGAAAACUCAAUUCACAUCCGCGAGACAGUCCGCGGUCCACGAUACUGCCCUUCCCUCGAGUCCAAAAUCAUUCGAUUCAAAGACAAACAGCAGCACCAGAUCUGGCUGGAACCCGAGGGUUUCGCCCCCAAUGCGGUCAUCUAUCCUAACGGCAUCUCAAUGACAGUACCUGCAGACGCCCAAUAUGCCAUGUUACGAACUGUGCGUGGUCUAGAGAACGUGACAAUGCUCCAGCCAGGCUACGGAGUUGAAUAUGACUACAUUGACCCUCGCAACCUACGACCGACGCUCGAAACCAAACUGAUCGGCGGUCUCUACCUGGCCGGCCAAAUUAACGGCACGACUGGAUACGAAGAAGCCGCCGGACAAGGAAUCAUCGCGGGUAUCAACGCAGGUCUUGCGUCGCAAGACCGAGGCUCGAUGACACUCACGCGCUCGGACGGAUUCAUCGGCAUCAUGAUCGACGAUCUCAUCACAAAGGGCGUUUCCGAGCCAUACAGAAUGUUCACUACCCGCAGCGAAUACCGCAUCUCCACGCGCUCCGACAACGCCGAUCUGCGCUUGACCCGCAUGGCUCGCGAAGCCGGUGUAGUCGGCGAUCACCGAUGGCGUCAAUUCCGCGAGACCGAAGAACAGAUCCAGGGGCUGCAAGCGCUCCUGGAAAACACACGACUUUCUUCAACGGCCUGGUCGCGCAAGGGCUUCAAAGUCCGCGCCGACACGUCCAUCCGCUCAGCCCUCGACAUUCUCUGCCUGGACGGAUCCGACAUUGACACGCUGAUCCCUCACAUCGAAGCCGGACACGGGAAAGCCUACAAUGCGUCGUCGUUUGCGCCUGAAAUCCGCACUCGCGUCGCGAUCGAAGGCCGAUACGCACCUUACCUCAAGCGCCAGGAAAAGAUGGCCCAUCGGUUCCAACAAGACGAGAACCUGCUCCUCCCUCCCGAUCUAGACUACAGCAAGAUCUUUGGAAUCAGCAACGAGGAGAAACAAGCGCUUGAGCGCGUUCGUCCAUCGAGUGUCGGUAUGGCGCGACGUAUUGAAGGUGUCACCCCGGCUGGUGCUCUCCGUCUACUGAUGCAUGUUCGUCGAGGUAGUGGAUUUGUCAAGGCAAUUGACCAGCACUCCACUUCUCUCCCAUGA